AUGUCCAACGGUUACGACGAAGCGACCCAGCGCGAAAUGCAGGCUUUCGUGGACCAAGAAUCAGCCAAAGCUCAAAUGCAGAGCACAAUCCAUGAGUUCACAAACCGUUGCUGGGAUACCUGCAUUACAAGCACCAAGACAAACCAGAUCGAUUCCAAGGAAUCCACCUGUCUGCAAAACUGCGUUGGAAGGUUUAUAGAUACUAGCAUGUUUAUUGUAAAGAGACUUCAACAAAACCACUAA